AUGACUGCGCGACAAUCAACACCAGCUUCAGAAACUCAGCCAAUCUCAGAAAAUGGGAUUCGCAAGAGAACUACACGUGCUUGUACAAGAUGCCGGAUCAAAAAGUCUAAAUGUGACGGAGCCAAACCGUGCAGCAGAUGUCGGGCAGACAACACCCUCUGUGUAUUCGGCGAGAGGAAGAAGGCCCAUGACAAAGUGUACCCUAAGGGAUAUGUUGAGUUACUGGAGCAACAACAGACAUGGCUGGUCAAUGGCCUGCAAGAACUAUAUCGCCGGCUUCUCGACGGUGAUGGGUGGCAGGGAGAGCCGCUGAAAUGCGAAACCAAUGGGCAGCCAUUAACGCACGACCUCCUCACGCAGCUUGGCGCCCUCGACACGAGUAAGCACGAGCGAUUCGAAGAGCACGCCGAAGCUAUGCAGCAGGACCUUUGGAAGCAUAACGCGGGACAUAUGCAGCGCCAGGACUCUUCAGAUACCAGCUCCGAGAGCGCACACUCGCCCAUCAUGGCAGCCCAUUUCUCAGAUCCUUUCGCUGCGCGGACAGUACCACAAACACCGGCAACAGCCAGUCCACCCACGACGCUCCGAAUAGACGUCCCACAACCAACAAUCAAGAGUGAACCGCCACAGAUGACCCCGACGAACAUGUACGCUACGACCAUGUCCAUGCCACGAGUGGUGGACCCGUCAGAGCUGCAGAGUGCCCAAAUACAGAAUCCGCAAUGGCCUAGCCCUAGCUUUGGAGGCUACGAUGAUAUGGACUUGAUGUCCGCGCAAUAUAGUGGCCUACCAUACGAUGACGUUUCCUCGCCCAUGUUCAACCGUCCGAUGCCAAUGGGAUGCCUAAUACCAGGAUCAUACGGAAACAUGGAUAACAAGAAUGACUUUGAAGAUAUCAACCAAUUUCUAAACACACAGUUGGAGAUUACGUCGUGA